AUGAGUUUGCGCAACGAGGGUGUGAACGACGCAGCGCGGUUCAGAAAUUUACUCCCGCGACUCAAGUCACAUUUGGCACGGGCUGAUCAACCAUUAGAGUUCUGUGGCACCGGCGUUCGACACUCAGUUUUCGGGGACUUGCACGUCACUGAAGAUGCGUCCAUAGCCGCUCCUCUCAAGACUUACGACUCCUGGCUGAACUACGAGUCACCGGCCCACUGUAACGACAAGAUACGCAUUCAGCGUACCAAGGGCGGCGAACUCCCAAGCUCCUGGCGCAAGACACUCGACCCUGAUGACUUCCCUCAUUUGGCAACAGAGAGUGUCUGCUGUCGAAGCGACUCGAUCUUCUACUCUUUCUACCAGGCAACCGACGACCGACUGAAUAACGUAACUUCCGUUCUCUGUGGCCUUCUUCCCAUGAUCCUCAACCAGAAGUCAUCUUUUCUUCAACUUCUUCGCAACAGUCACGAGUACUCAGGGGCUGGGAAGACGUUCUUUCAACACGUCAGCAGCUGCGAUGCUCUAGGCAGGAUGUUUGAGGUUGAUUCGGCGGCUGCAAACGUCUACAUCAACCACGAAGAAGACAAGUUAAGGGCCCUGAGAGGCUACAGCCUUGAGCUCAGUGUCACAGUCAUCUCGCCUCUUACACAAAAAACACAUUCCUCUAGGUUGCUUCAGUUUGUCAUCAGCCGACUCGCUUUCACAGAAGACACACGCAGAAAGUCCCUGCACAACCACAAUUCGCUCUGGGCUCAUUAUGAAGAAAUUUUGACCAACAUCCGUGAAUGUUUGGAUGCGGAUUAUGAAAGUCGCGAUAACUUUUGGACCAUGCGAUCCCUUUUUCAUAUCCCUCCUGAACCCAUGUCUCAUUCGGCGUCGAAACAAACCCCUCAUCAAGCCCGAUUCCGCCGACCAUACCUCCGCCGACCAUACCUCCUCCGACCACACUUCCUCCAACGAUGCCUCUCCCUCCUCCCCUCCGAGCUCCAACGCCUCUCCCCCAAGAAUUCUCUCCCCAUGACCGCCGCUCCCCGGAGAACCCCCGGCGGUCUACGUAUAAUCGCUAAAGCGGGAUUUGGCGAAGGCGACGUUAUCACUGCCGCCCCGAGACAGCCCCGAUCCGCAAAGCCUGGCGCCCGAGUCACCGAACCCGAAUGA